CUGUCACUAUUAUGUAUGCUGCAACCAAUCCCCCACCAAAAUGGGCGUCUAGUUUUGAAGUUUGAACGCUUUUGAAGGCAACUAAAAUCAUAAACCAAAAUAAAAUAGUAGAAAAAUGGUGCAGAAAUUGAGCCCCAAUCCCAUUACCAAACCCAAAUCAACGUAAAAGUCAAAUACAUACCCAGAGUUCAUUUGGUAUAAUUCUGCCAACUUUUCUUGGUUUUACACUGUGCAGAUUCUCGCUCUUCUUUUAGAGAAGCAAAAUAGUGGAGUAUAUUAUACAGCAUCCAUGAUAGUGAGGGAGGGGGCAAAAGAGGCGACUGCUUUCCUCACUCCGUUGAUUCCGCUUUAGUUCUUGCGAGCCCCAUUAAGAGGGAAGCUAUCCCGCAAUUGCCGCACAUAAAAGAGAGAGGAGACCGGCAUUGAGCUCCACCCGCCUCAAGAUUUGGUGCAUUCUGAUGGGUUGGUGAGGCGACCGGGUGGCGCGGCCGCUAUGGGUUGCGUGUCGUCGAAGCAAACGGUGUCCGUCACGCCGGCCGCGCUGGACCACUCCGGGGCGUUCAAUGGUCGGAGCAGGGUGGGGAGCAUCGGCGGCGGCGGUUUGGCGGCGGAGCUGGAUGCGAACUUGAAGAAGGUGAAGAAGAGGGGUGGUUCGACUGAGUCCGGGAGCGAGGUGGGCGAGUCGGGGCGGACGAGUUCGAAUGAGUGUGGAAGUGGGUCGGUGAGUUUUAGGCUGGGAAACCUCCACAAGUUUGUGGAGGGGGAGCAGGUCGCCGCGGGCUGGCCGGCCUGGCUCAGCGCCGUCGCCGGUGAAGCCAUCCAGGGAUGGGUGCCGCUUAGAGCUGACUCCUUCGAGAAACUUGAAAAGAUUGGUCAGGGUACAUACAGCACUGUAUUCAGAGCACGAGACUUGGAAACUGGGAAGAUAGUUGCUUUGAAGAAGGUCCGAUUUGACAAUUUCGAGCCAGAAAGUGUUCGUUUCAUGGCUCGGGAGAUUACAAUUCUUCGUAGACUUGACCAUCCAAAUAUUAUUAAGUUGGAAGGGCUGAUUACAUCCCGAUCCUCAUGCAACAUUUAUCUUGUGUUCGAGUAUAUGGAGCAUGAUAUCUCUGGCCUACUAUCUUCCCCAGAGAUUACUUUCACUGAAGCACAGGUCAAAUGUUACAUGAAGCAACUGUUAUCUGGCCUCGAGCAUUGCCAUGCUCGAGGAGUAAUGCAUCGGGAUAUUAAAGGUGCCAAUCUUUUAGUAGAUGAUGGAGGAGUCCUUAAGGUUGCUGAUUUCGGAUUAGCAAACUUCAAUUCUUAUGGGCAGAGACAACCUCUAACUAGUCGAGUUGUGACUUUGUGGUAUCGCCCUCCGGAACUCUUGCUAGGCUCCACAGAUUACGGGGCAUCAGUGGAUCUAUGGAGCGUAGGUUGCUUACUUGCUGAGCUUCUGAUUGGUAAACCCAUCCUUCAAGGGAGAACUGAGGUUGAACAGCUGCACAAAAUAUUCAAACUCUGUGGAUCCCCACCAGACGAUUACUGGAAGAAGUCGAAGCUUCCUCACGCGACUUUGUUUAAACCGCAGCAUCCUUAUAAGAGCUCUCUGUGGCAAACCUUCAAGGAUCUACCCGAAUCCGCUGUCUCACUCAUAGAAACUCUUCUAUCCGUGGAACCGCAUAAGAGGGGUACGGCUACCUCAGCCCUGGCUUCAGAGUACUUCAAGACGAAGCCGUAUGCUUGUGACCCGUCGAGCGUGCCAAAGUACCCUCCUAGUAAGGAGAUAGAUAUUAAACAUCAUGAGGAGGCUAGCAGGAAAAGGCCCGCUGGCAGAUCACGAGGGCCCGAAUCGAGGAAACCCACUAGGAAGCAAAACGGAAUGAAUAAACUAGCCCCAGAAGAGAACUUGCCUCCUCAAAAGCAAGGUGAAAAGAAAGUGAAUGGAAUUGGUGUCAGCAAUCGCAAAGCAGAGAAUGUAUUGGAUCACGAGGCACCUAAGCAGCCAAUGGGUGUGACCAAAGAGGCGUGCCACGUGAAGAAUGCAUCUCAAGGUGACGAUGUAUAUCCAGGCCCUCUACAAGUUUCAGGGUCGAGUGGUUUUGCCUGGGCGAAGAAGAGGAUGAUGGAUUCAUCCUUGAGAUCGCGGAGUAGGUCCAGUUCGAGGAGUCUAAUACUUGAAUCUUCUGGUGCUGUGCAUCUGAGGAAUAAUUUGGAUUCAGCUGGGGAGGAGAAUUGUGAAGAUGUGAAAGAGGGGCAGUUGGGCAACAUGAAAGGCCACGACUCCUACGAAACGUUCAAACGAUCCAUGCUGAAGAAAUGGAGCCAAUUGGAGCGUCCAGACUCUUUUGAUGCUUCGGAAGGAUACCAUUCUCAAGAACUCUCGAUGGCGCUCUACCAUAAAGAGGAAGCUUCGGCUACUAAGAGAAGAAACUCGGUUUAUCAUGAUGAUCAAGGGGAGAAGGUUGAAUUUUCAGGACCCUUGCUGUCUCAAUCGAAGAAAAUCGAUCAACUCUUGGAGAAACACGAGCGGUGUAUUCGCCAGGCAGUUCGAAGAUCAUGGUUCCAGAGAGGUAAAGUACAAAUUUGUUCAACAAUACUGCAAUUUGUAGAAUGGUAGUUAAUACUAAUAUGAUAUUCUUAUAUAUAUGCAGUAAAAAGAAAUGGGAAGUAAGUGAAGCAUUUAGAGAAGUGGAAGGGGGAUUUUGGUCUGUGAGGAUCAUCAAGAUUUGGUUGGUCUUGUUUUUUGAGAACACCAAGUAAGGUGGAUCCUUCCUCUUUCAGCAUGCUUCUUCUUCACCAUAAUCUGUCUGUUACCAUUCUUUCUUUCUUUUUUUCCUCAACCACUAAUGUACAGCAAGUUUCCAGAAAUAGAAUAGUUAGUUAUUCAAAUAUUCCAUCUUACACAAAAUAACAUUUACUUGCUAGGUUUUUGCUUAAUGUCCAUCGGCCACAGAAUUCGGAUUUUUUAAGGUCCGAUUUGGUUA